GCUGGGGAAAAUGUUUAUAUUUUUUUGUUAAUUUCGGUUUUUUUGUUAAUUUAAUCAAAGAUCCAGGGAUAAUCAAAAUCUGCUGAUCAUCUAUAUCACCAUAGCAAUUUGCACUUUCAUUUUUAGUCUUGAAAUUGAACAUUGCGUGGGAACAUCUUUUUGUUUGGCCAAUAUUAAGAAGCAUAAGCCAUAACAAACUAAGCUUGCGUGAAAUUAUAUUCAUAUACGAUCGUACGUAAUAUUGCAUGUUGUUGCUUAUUUUAAUACUCAGUCUUAUUGAACCAGUUGUACAUCCAUACCAUUGGUAAUUUGGUAUUGUUGUCAUACAAUCAUACAUCCAUACCAUUCGUAUUGUUGUGAUAAAAAUUACUGGGCGCAUGUUUAUUUACAUCAUAUUUGUUAUAUAUGCGAUAUUGUUUGGUUAUUUGGACGUAUAUUUACAAUGUCAUUGACUCGUGAAGUAGCAAUUAUCUUUGGUCUCAUCCUAAUAUGUUCGUCGUUUUCUCAAUAUGCGGGGGUUUCAUUUCAGCUCACUCGUUCUAUCAAUGAUAAAUUCCGAAAUCCAAUGGCUACACGGUUUGGCUGGGAGGCAAAGAAAAAAACAUUUUGCGAAGAUACUAAUUCGCGAUGCGAUGAAAAUUGCUCUUGGUGUAUUUGCGAUAAUCAUACAUCAACUUUCGACAGACGAGUUAUGAAAUGUCGAAACGACGAUGAGAUUCGUUCAGGAUGCAGAAUGAAGUUUAGUAAAUCCAAUGAUGACGAACAAAUCAAACUCCUUGAUUUAAAGAAAAAUCAUAAUCGUGAGGUUUACAUAUACUGGAAAUAUACGAAUAGAACGUCAGGUGACAAACUGAAAACAUUCACUAUCCUCGAUAUUACUUGGUAUGAUGGAAAAGUGGUGAAAACACUUUUUUUUAAACCCGGACUCAAAAUACAGGCCGAUAAUAGAGGAAACUAUCGGACCAAAAUACAGUGGGAUAAAGUUUUAAAUAGUGUCUACCAUGGUGUAUUGUUCAGAGUAAACAUUGAUUAUGAAAUUAAACAUAAAAAGAAAAUAAUCAACAUCAAGGACUGCUUUGUCUUCAAAUCUUCAGGAACAAUAAAUGUGAACUUCUCAAGUUUACCUUCCACAACUUUAAAACCAACUUCAUUUGUUCCAUCCUUACUAAACUUAAAGGUGUCAUUAGGAGCACGAAAGUAUUCAACGACAUCAAAGAACCCGGCAUCUCCUGGGGUUAGGGAAGACGAAGAUGAAAAUGAUAAUACUGUUGUUGUGACGUUGGUUGUUGUUGCUUGUAUAGUUUUAAUAAUUGCAGUUAUUCUAGUUAUUUGGUGGAAAAGAAGACAGUCUAAAGGAACAUCAAAAGAGAAUGACGAAGGUGUGCGAAAAGACACUAUCAUUACAAAUACAGGUUCCAAUAAUCCCAUGAUUAUGUCACCAAUGGAAAGUAUUUACGCCGAAGCAGACAAUUCAGUGAAUAAUCCUCAAGAAAAGGAGAAAAAAAGUUAUGUCUAUGAUUACGCCACUGGGAAUCUAGAAAAUAAUUAUGCAAGUUUGGACUUGAGCAAAGUUGAAUCAGACCCAGUUUAUCAUUCACUGUGCAAUUCAUACAACCAGCCCGAAGUGACAGGUGAAUGUGUCAGUGGGAAAACACCAACAGCUGAGCGAUUUUAUCAUGUCGUGGAAAGUCCUGGUAGUACUGGUACUACCCAGUACCCUGGUGGGAUUCAUAAUGUCUUGGAUGAACCUGAGAAGAAUGAUAACUGUAAAAUACGAGAGGUUUCAGGGAGGACUGGGCACAAAGAUGAGGAGAGAGUAUAUAGUGUACUGGAAGAGUGUGCCGCUGUGAACAGUGGUACUGAUGACAAUCCUGAGAGGGUGUACAGCGUGCUAGAGGAUGAGAAUCCAGAGUCAGAUUACUUGACAAUAUUGGGAGAAUGUUCGGAAUAUGAACAGCCAAUUAAUCCACCUGUGUCUGACUUCUGAAAUAUCAUAUUUGAAUAUUGAAUUCAGCUGGGCCUACAAGACAACUCUUCUUGUGUAGUGACAAUGACAAAUAUAGCGGUAAAAUUGCAAGAUACAAAAAUAAAUUUGAGAGGAAUUUAUUAGAUAAGUUAUUAGCAAUCAGUGUGGCGUAAGUUGGGUAUUAUUAUGUUAAAAUUUAAAAUACCACUGUGUCUGGCUUGGGCUACA